UAGCUUGUGAACUUCAAUCGCUGAAAACUUUACAAAAUCUUUUUGCAAAUGACUGAACUAGCACGAGGCCAGAUAAACUCUUUGCUAUCAGAAAACCCCUCCACUAUCACCGUCGUCGAUGGUCAUUUAUAUGAGGUUCCUAUUGCACCUACACAACAACAGCAGCAAUCAGAGGGCUCUCUUAUUAUCAAUUUACCCUCCAACUUUCCAGAGGAGCCACCCGUUAUCACUGUUUCUCCAACCGGAAUGCGUCAUCCGUGGAUAGACAGUGAUGUCGUUAUGCAUGACGGACUACCUAGUUGGACACUCCAAAGUAAUCUAGGUCUCUUGGUAAAAGAUAUUUGUAAAGAGUUCACAAUGAGGCCGCCCGCGAAAAAGAGUACGACUGUAACAGGAGGGACAAGGAUAAGUGUCGUUCCGCCACCUUUGCCAGCAUCACAACUACAACAACAACAAGUAACGUCAAUGACAAAUAAAACGAAUGACGAAGGAUAUGGUGCUCGUCCACAACCUCCCAUUCCAUCAAGAUCCAAUAGCAGUAAUACCCCAACUUCGCAUACAACCAAUUUAGAGUAUAAUGCAAUAUCAAAACUGAGCUCGGAAGAAAUUGAUGAACUACUAUCGGAUGAAACAGGCUUUGAAAUAUUCUUCAACACACUCGACAGGGUUAAGAACUUGAAGGCAUUUCAAGAAGAGUUAAGAAAUGGGAAUGAUCAGCUUGCUCACAAAAACCUUAGUAGAGAAGAUCAGCUUAUAAAAUUAAGGUCCGAGGUUGCAGAUUUAUAUAACAAAUAUCAAACGGAUAAAGCAGCAUUCGACAAAAAAGAACGGCAGCAAAAUGAAGCCUUUAGCCGUUUCUCUUCUUCGACAGUUUUGACAAGAUUGAAAGCAAGUCUGUAUGAGUCCGAUGAAUUAUCUGAAUCUGUAGCUCAAAGCUUUUUGGAUGGCAAUUUGGAUAACGACAGUUUUGUGAAGCAAUUUAGAGAAUUCCGUAAAGUCUACCAUUUAAGAGCGAGUAAACUGGAGAGAGCACAGAAGGAUAAUUUAUUCGUAUCGUACUGAAAUCAGCCCAUAGAGUGCGUCCGAGUGAUUCAGAAAGCGCUUUUUUUUCGAUGCCAUAUUUUGUGUAUACUUGUCUCGUUGCCUUGAAUUUGUUUUCCACUAUCAGUAAGCCAACUGUCCUUCAGGAAAAGGAGGAAAAGUCUGCUUGUUAAUUCCACAAGAUAGAUUUGAUCCAUCCAAUUUCUGCUAUACCUGUAAAAUAAAGAGACCAAUUUGCGAACGGUA